UCUAAAACUUCGACUACCGUGUCAGAUUGAAGGUAGUGUGACUAAAUAAGCUAACGGAGUUUAAUGGCUGUUUGUAGGCAAAAGAGGAAAGUUAGUUGUUGCAUUAAUGAGUUCCAGCAAAUUAUCUGCCAGAGAUACUCUUUUUCCUUUCUCUUCUUCCACGUUUGAAUUAAUUCACUUAAAUGCAGCAUCACGUUUUCUUUUGAUCGAACAAAGCUGAGGCAAACUUCACUUGAUAAUUCACUUAUUUUUUUAUGUCACUCACAGUCGGCCACAAAAACUUCUAUCACUAUAGAAAUUAAAUUAUUAUAAUGUUCAAAAAUAUGAGACGUGGAGAGAAGCCGACUGAUGAAGAAACGGAGACAGAGAUUGACGAAGAGAUCACUGAGAGUGAAGAGUCUGCAGCAGCCAGUAAGAAGCUCCAGUUUCUAGGAAUACCGCUAUAUAAACUAUCUUAUAAACGGUUACCUAAGAAAUGCCUCAAAGUUUCUUUUCUUGCCAUCAAUUCUGCUAUUUUUCUGGCUGGAAUUGCUGUAGUCGUAAUAUCAAUGUGGAUGUUAUCGGAUAGCAAGUUAAUGUUACGAUUAACGGCGCAAAAACUUUUUGUUACUAUUUUGCUUAUAAUUGGUAUAUUCUCAGCAACACUAGCUUUUCUUGGAAUCGUUGCAUUCAUCAAACAGAACAGAAAAUUACUGGUUGUAUACAUUAUAUGUCAUUCUGUGCUACUAUGUAUCAUAUUUAUUUGUUCUGUCAUGAGUGCCUCUUUUUUCGAUCGAAUCACCAGUAAAAUACGGGAUGAUAUGAAGAGCACAAUUAUGAAAUAUCAUUUAUUGGAUUGGGUUACUGAAGCUUGGGAUAAUACACAACAAUAUUUACAAUGUUGUGGAAUAAAAUCUUAUAAAGAUUGGGAAGAAUAUUUAAUAGAUAUUCCUAAAAGCUGUUGUUCCAAAACAAUUGAUCAGUGUCUUCACAUGACGGAAUUUGUGGCGUACGAAUCUGGGUGUCUUAAAAGUACUUACUUUAUGCUAAAAUCUCACAUUGAUACUGUUACCAUCUCAACUUUGUUCAUCUCGAUUACUUCGAAGCUGCUCAGUGAUAUCAUAAGGGUUUAUUAAGAACUAAAGACUGUUCUUCAUGACGUUGAGUAUUUGCCUGACUAUUCCUUUCAUCCAGAUUCUAUAGCCUCGUCGUUUAUCCAACAUAUUAUCUAUUUAUAAAGACGAUGUUAAAUGUACAAGCAGUCGGCACCCACAAUUUAGCAGGUUAGCUUUUUAGAUGGGGCAGAUGAGUUAUGCAAGUUACGAUGAAAAUUUUCAUAUUGCAUUUCUUGUUGUGUUUGUGAGAUUUUUGUCAUCAGCAUAAAAAAGAGUUUGAAGUGGAAAGAAAUAAAAGUAAUACUGUAUAUGA